AGCUGCGGCGCCGAGAACGCAGCGUUUCUCCGCAGGCCCCGGCCGCGGUUCCUCAGUAGCUCAGGCGCCAUGGAGCGGCCGGCGCCACUGGCCGUUCUGCCCUUCUCGGAUCCCGCGCACGCCCUGAGCCUGCUGCGCGGCCUGAGCCAGCUCCGCGCCGAACGCAAGUUCUUGGACGUGACCCUGGAGGCGGCGGGCGGGCGCGACUUUCCGGCGCACCGGGCCGUGCUGGCGGCCGCCAGCCCCUACUUCCGCGCCAUGUUCGCGGGGCAGCUGCGCGAGAGCCGCGCCGAGCGGGUGCGGCUGCACGGCGUGCCGCCCGACAUGCUGCAGCUGCUGCUCGACUUCAGCUACACAGGCCGCGUGGCGGUGAGCGGCGACAACGCCGAGCCGCUGCUGCGUGCUGCCGACCUGCUGCAGUUCCCGGCUGUGAAGGAGGCGUGCGGCGCCUUCCUGCAGCAGCAGCUAGACCUGGCCAACUGCCUGGACAUGCAGGACUUCGCCGAGGCCUUCAGCUGCGCGGGGCUGGCGAGCGCGGCGCAGCGCUUCAUCCUGCGCCACGUGGGCGAGCUGGGCGCAGAGCAGUUGGAGCGGCUGCCACUGGCGCGCCUGCUGCGCUACCUGCGCGACGACGGGCUGUGCGUGCCCAAGGAGGAGGCCGCCUACCAGCUGGCGUUGCGCUGGGUGCGCGCGGACCCGCCGCGCCGCGCCACGCACUGGCCGCAGUUGCUCGAGGCCGUGCGUCUGCCCUUCGUUCGCCGCUUCUACCUGCUGGCGCACGUCGAGGCCGAGCCGCUGGUGGCGCGCUGCCCACCUUGCCUGCGCCUGCUACGCGAGGCGCGCGAUUUCCAGGCGGCGCGCUACGACCGCCACGACCGCGGGCCCUGCCCCCGCAUGCGCCCGCGUCCUUCCACCGGCCUUGCCGAGAUCCUCGUGCUCGUGGGAGGCUGCGACCAGGACUGCGAUGAGCUGGUUACCGUCGACUGCUACAACCCGCAGACCGGCCAGUGGCGCUACCUGGCCGAGUUCCCCGACCACCUGGGCGGAGGCUACAGCAUCGUCGCGCUGGGCAACGACAUCUAUGUGACGGGCGGGUCUGACGGCUCGAGGCUCUAUGACUGCGUGUGGAGGUACAACUCGAGCGUGAAUGAGUGGACAGAGGUGGCACCCAUGCUGAAGGCCCGCGAGUACCACAGCUCCUCGGUGCUGGAUGGGCUGCUCUACGUGGUAGCCGCAGACAGCACAGAACGCUACGACCACACUGCCGACUCCUGGGAAGCCCUGCAGCCCAUGACCUACCCCAUGGAUAACUGCUCCACCACUGCCUGCCGUGGCAGGCUCUACGCCAUCGGCUCCCUGGCCGGCAAAGAGACCAUGGUAAUUCAGUGCUACCACCCGGACACAGACCUGUGGUCCCUAGUGGACUGCGGCCAGCUCCCACCCUGGUCCUUUGCCCCCAAGACUGUGACGCUGAAUGGACUCAUGUACUUUGUCAGGGAUGACUCCGCCGAGGUGGAUGUCUAUAACCCAGUGAAGAACGAGUGGGACAAGAUCCCAUCUAUGAAUCAGGUGCACGUCGGGGGCAGCCUGGCCGUCCUGGGUGGGAAGCUCUAUGUCUCUGGUGGCUACGACAAUACAUUUGAACUCUCGGAUGUGGUGGAGGCGUACGACCCAGAGACUCGAGCCUGGAGCGUGGUGGGGCGGCUCCCGGAGCCCACCUUCUGGCAUGGCAGCGUCAGCAUCUUCCGCCAGUUCAUGCCCCAGAUGCCCUCAGGCGGGCGCGGCUUUGAGCUGGAUGGUGGCAGCCACGAGGUGAACUUGGGCCGCCUCCAGCAGCCUCAGAACCUGGACGAGCUGCACUAGCCCUGGCCUGGCCCAGGGAGGGCCUUGGUGCAGGUGACAUGGCACCUGUGGAGGGGCAGCAACCCUCCUUCAUGCUCGAGGACAGUUUGGGCUCCCCAGGUGGAGCGCGGGCCCUCAGGAUCCACCACCUGGAAAGUUUCUGUGCAUUUGGAGCCUAGAGUCAUGGCUGCUGGAGCUGGAGCUGGAGCUGGUUACAGAUGCCCCUCCCUUGGUCGCAGAAGAGCCACCCCCUGCCAGCACGUGUCUCUGACCCCACCUGCGGGUCCCCAGCUCACUAUCGCAGUGCACACCCCUCUUGCUGCCACCACCUGUGCCUACUUGCUCCUACCUUGGGAGAAGAGGCCACCUGUGGGGGGUCCUGUGAGGAGCCUCAGAAUGACCUAGGCCUGCCUUCUUGGGUAUCCCCAUCUGAGCCUGGAGCACCAGGAGUCAGCAGACCCUGGCUGUACACGGGGCUCCCCAGCUCCAUGUCUGGUGCUGGCCCUCCCUAGGGGUCAGCUCCCCAGAUGGAGGAAGGUCCUCUUGCCCUCCUAGGGUCUCCCACCAAGGCCCCUCACAGGUGGGGCCUCCAGAGGUGGGUGCAGGGCAAUGGGACUGUGAGCAGGACGGUGACAUUAAAGGGGUCUUUCUGUGUCCAGAGCACAGGCCGUGGUGGAGGCUGAGUCUCCUGCCCAUCCCCCUAGCUGGCUGGUGUAUCCUUACCUGGUGUGGAAGCCUCUGCUGGGCCUGUGUCCCGGACUGAUGAAGGAGGGUGAAAACCUCCAAGUACAAGGCCAGAGCCCUCUCUAGGAGACCCUGGGAGUCUCAUGGAGCCCAGCCCAACAAAUGAGCAGACGUUUGUACAUGGUUCCCGGGGCCCUGCCCUGAGCCCGAGCCCUCACUGUGCCUGCAAGUAGAGAAUUCUGUCACCUAUACAGGAAGUCUGGCAGGGAAGCCUCGGUGACUGACUCCAGGGUUUAUAAUACCUGCAUGUCAACCCUUCCUUAAAGAGGAGGGGAAGCUAGGAACACGAUUAGAUUUGUUUGGUUUUUAAGUCUAUCAAAGUGCCACUGCUGAAGCUUUCUGUGGGGCUGGGAUGAUUUGAGGUUCCUCAGAAGCUCAGGGCCAGAUCCGGAAGCAGGGGGCAGGAAGAGCCUCCAGGAAACACUAUGGCUCAGGGAGUCCCUGGUUGUCUCCCUGUGGACUGGGUGGUUUGUCUCCUCUAGCUGCCCAAAGUAGCCUUUGAUUGAAUUUGUCCUUCCUUCCCAGUCGGGGACAUUUGGGCUGCGCGUUCCUUAUUAAUCAGUUAAAAGGAGAUGUUUAUGGAGUUGCCUUUUCACAGUGACCUGACUUUUGGAGCUGUGUUCUCACCAAAAGAAAAACAGAUUCAUUUCAGGACUAUCACUUAACAAAUUGCAUGUAAAACCCUUUUAAGGAUGGCACACAUGGUCCCAGGAGAAGCCUUGUUGCCUGAAUUUCUCCCAGUUGAGACACUUGCCUUCCUUCUCUUGCGUGUUCACGAGAAGCCUCUGGCAGGCUGCCUGAAGUGAGGACUCAGGGAGAACAUCCUCCAUGCCCUGCGGGGUCAGUCACUGUCAUUGAUGAGCUCCUGUGCAC